GGGCAGGGCUUAGGUUUAGGUUUAGAUCAGAAUAAAAGAUUUUAGAAUUUCUCGAUUCUCUCUCCGCUCUUGCUCUGCUCGCUUUCUCUCAAGUUCUCUCGGCCGCUCUCUUGCUCCCAGUAAUGGAGCCUCCAAGUCGCAGGUUUUUUGAAAUUGAGGUUAAAGGCCUUCAACCAUUUGAUUUUAAGGUUGGCGAAGGCGAAUUUGUUGCUUUUACUGAGGCUCUUCUUCAAAAAACAGACGAAAAAAUAAAGAAGGUUGAGAGGAUUCGAAGGAAAAUUAGAAUAAUAACAGAAAGGAAGAUCUUCAGAGGCAACGAGGCAUAGGGAGCAUAGGGAGGUGAUCUUUUUUGACCUGAUGGACGGUUUUGCCCUUGUGUGUUGUUGAGGGUGGUUAUUGUUAAUCUUCACAGACACUACUUCUUAGUUCAUGGGAUGCAUCUCAUGGUUUGCUCUUGCUUUCUUCUAGCUGUUGUGCCAACUCACAUCAACUAACACAUAGAAAGGAUAUAAUACAGUUUCAGGUUGGAUUUGGGUACAAGUAGAAAUCCAAUGCCAAGUAGAUAAGAGAGAUUCAGAAGUAGAGUUUAUAACCACCUUCAACCUUCUUUGUUCUCUGCAAUAUCAUGAUUUCUGUUUUGGGGUAGUUUCAACUGUUUUUUCUUUGUUAAAAGAUUAUGAUGGGGC